ACUGUGGUGAGAAUCUAAGUUCUAUUUACCUGAUGAUGGUGAGGGAUGGUGGGCCCUUCCUGUGUGGAAUCCCAGGAAUACAGACGGGGACAUCCCUCUGGUGGGUUCCCAUUACUUGAUCUAUCUGCCUGAUGAUGGUGAGGGAUGGUGGGCCCUUCCUGUGUGGAAUCCCAGGAAUACAGAGGACGGGGACAUCCCUCUGGUGGGUUCCCAUUACUGGAUCCAUCUACCUGAUGAUGGUGAGGGAUGGUGGGACCUUCCUGUGUGGAAUCCCGGGAAUACAGAGGUCGGGGACAUCUCUCUGGUGGGUUCCCAUGACUGGAUCCAUCUAGAGGAUAAGGGUAUAGAGAGGAUGGGGGGUAUAGAGAAGGUCGAGAAUACAGAGGAUGGAGA